GCCACAAUGAGCUCCGCCACCCUGGCCACCAUUAACGCCCUACUUCUCUUGGCACUCGUCGCUUUAUACAGCAUUGUGAAACAGCAGCUUUGUCGCAAAACCUUCAGAAAAGACAAAAAUCCACUCCCACUCCCUCCAGGCCCCACCCCAUGGCCCGUGGUUGGUUGUGCCCCGGGUAUGCUUCGUAACAAGCCCGUGUUCCGGUGGAUCCAUCGCCUGAUGAAGGAAAUGAACACCGACAUAGCGUGCAUCCGUCUGGGGAGCACGCACGUCAUUCCCGUGACCAGUCCAACAAUCGCCCAAGAAUUCCUCAGGAAACAGGACUCAUCAUUCGCCUCAAGGCCAGUUACGAUGGCGUCCGGCACAUUGAGCCGUGGCUACUUGACAGCAGCCCUCUCACCCUAUGGGGAGCAAUGGAAGAAGAUGAGGCGGGUCUUGGUGUCGGAGGUAGUAUGCCCGGCUCGGCACAAGUGGCUCCAUGACAAGAGAGUGGGGGAAGCCGAUAACCUAGUGAAGUAUGUCUUUAACCUAUGCAAAACCUCAGGUCAUCAAGUGAACUUGAGAACCACUACGAGGCACUAUUCUGGGAAUGUGAUAAGAAGGUUGAUGUUCAGCAAGAGAUACUUUGGCCAGGGAAGGCAAGAUGGAGGACCAACCAUUGAUGAAGAACAACAUGUGGACGCACUAUUCAAUGCACUAAACUAUCUCUAUGCAUUUUGUGUUUCCGAUUACUUUCCAUUCUUGAAGGGGCUUGACCUUGAUGGGCAUGAGAAGGAAGUAGAAGAGAGUGCGAGGACUCUUAGGACAUUGCAUGAACCCAUAAUAAGCGAGAGGAUCAAACGAUGGAGGGACGAUUUGAGCUCCGAGAGAAAUGAAAAAGAGCCUCAAGACUUAUUGGACGUUCUAAUUAUGCUUAAAGACUCAAAAGGGAUGCCAGUGCUGGCGCCACAAGAAGUUCGAGCGCUGACCACGGAGAUUAUGAUGGCCGCGGUGGACAAUCCGUCAAACGCUGUCGAAUGGGCAAUGGCGGAGAUGAUAAAUCAGCCUGAGCUCAUUCACAAAGCCACGGAAGAAAUCGAUAGGGUUGUGGGAAAGGAGAGAUUAGUCCAAGAAUCCGAUAUCGGAGAUCUUAACUACAUCAAAGCAUGUGCUAGGGAAGCUUUUAGGCUCCACCCAGUGGCGCCCUUCAAUGUUCCCCACGUAGCCAUGUCGGACACCGUUGUGGCUGGCUACCGCAUCCCCAAGGGCAGCCACAUCCUUUUGAGCCGCGUCGGCCUCGGUAGAAACCCCGAGAUUUGGGACGAACCCCUCAAGUUCAAGCCGGACCGACACAUUAUGAGGGACCAAGCGGAGGUCGUACUCAAAGAACCUGACCUGCGCUUCAUAUCUUUCAGUACUGGCCGCCGUGGGUGCAUUGCCGCCACGCUUGGUACGACAAUGACCGUGAUGCUCCUCGCCAGGCUAAUCCAAGGGUUUAAUUGGAGUAAACCCUCCAAUUUGUCGAGCAUCAACCUCGCCGAGUCAAGGGAUGACCUAUCCCUCGCCAAACCAUUAGUAGCUCAAGCGGAGCCGCGCUUGCCAAGUCAUCUCUACCUUGCUUAG